AGGAGAUAUUACAUUUUCUUUUUUUUUUCAGUAUUACUAGUUGAUUUGAUAUGUUUGAAUUACUACCUCAUUUGGCCCCCAUUAUUAUUUGCUCGGACAGAAAUAAAUGGAAAAGAUAACGGCGAAGAAAUUGAAUGUUCUUCUCAAUCUGACAGAGAUAGACUGUUUAAGAUGUACCGGAGGGAAGUUUCAGGUAGUCAUGUGAAUAUGGGAGUUGACAAUGGCUUAGGCCUAAAUGCAGAUGAUGUUUCUAGCUCAGUCAAUGCCAACUCUUUUCGUCACCAUCAAUAUCAUCAGAACAGUAUUGGACAAGCAGCUGCUAGACCAAGGGGUAAUAAUAAUAAUAAUGUGCAGAAGAGGAAAAAUGAGAGGAUGAAGAGGAAGAUAGAGCUUGCAAUGAGAGAACAAGCAGACAGGUUUGCCAAGAUUGCAGCCCCUACUGGAUUGUUGACGGGGUUGAACCCCGGGAUCAUCAACCACGUGAGAAACACUAAACAGGUCCAUUCCAUUAUAGAAGCCCUUGUGAAAUCUGAAAAGUAUGACAAUAAUUCAUCGGUUGAAGCGAAGAGAAUGAAGGUUGGCGAAAGAAAGGAUAUUGAGAAGGGGACGACACUGAAUGCUUUGUCAGCAGGAAGGCAUAUUAUUGGAUAUUCAUCAGUGACACCGUCUAGUGGGCGCGAGCUUGAGGGCAGGAAUGCUGCUAAAAUUGCUGCGCAAUGGUUGGAAUUGCUUAAUCAGGACACAAGAUGUCGUCUUGCUGAACAAGAUUCCAGGGGCUGUGAGAAAGCAGCUACUGUAAAUGCGCAUCAUGCUAGAUGGAGUGCAUUGUUUUAUCAACUUGAUGAAUCUCUAUCUGAAGAAGAGUCUCAACUGAAUCAAUUUUUAGGCAAUCUGGAGAGGGAUACGAAGAGCUUGUGUAUAGAUAUCACCAGUUCAUCCCCACAAGGUGCUGCCUUGGCAAAGGACAGUGAGUUCAUGAGGUGGGUGGAGUUUGCUGACAAAUUCCCGGAGGAUUCAGAGCUGUGCUUUAAAGCUCUAGGUGAUUUGAAUGAAGAAUUGGUUAAGAUAUCUGUUCUACUAGGCAAAGGGUUUACACAUUCAGCUGCAGAUGUCAUUGUCUUUUCCAUUGUCCACCCGCAUGUGAUUGGCCUUUCUAAAGAGGAUCAAGAAAAAUUACCACACUUGCUAAGAUGGAUGGAUUACAUUCAGAAUAAGGCAGAUGCAGCUAGCCUAUUCGAAAGCAUCAAAUUUGAUAAGGUGGAAUUUAUCCAUCCUGAAGUUAAAAUGUCUAAAGGAGAAGUUGGCUCAAACAUUAAAAAUCCCGAGCCAGGGAAGAAAGAGGGUGGUAGUUCAGGCGAUGUAAAAUUAAAGAAGCCCUCUGAUUCGGAAGUUAAAAUUUUGAAGGGAGAAGGUGGCUCUAAUGCAAAAGCUCCCAAGCCAGGGAAGAAAGAGCAUGGUAAUUUAGAAGAUGUAAAGUCGAAGGAACAUGCUGAAUUGAAAAAAGUUACCGGUGAUAAUGACAAGAAGAACACGUCCGUAAAAGAAGUGGAUGAAAAGGAUAAAGACAUAAGUGUAAGUUUGCUUAAAAUUCAGAUUGGUCAUAUUCGUAAAGCAUGGAAGCAUCCAUCUGCUGACAGUUUACUAGUUGAGGAGAUAGAUGUUGGAGAAGCUAAAUGUAGACAAGUGGUCAGUGGACUGGCAAAGUAUUUCACUCCAGAAGAGUUAACUAAUCGCCGAAUUGUGCUUAUCACAAAUAUGAAACCAUCCAAGCUUAGAGAUGUUGUAUCUGAGGGAAUGGUGCUAUGUGCUUCUAAUGAUGAUCACACGGUGGUGGAGCCUCUAAUAGCUCCCGAAGGGGCAAACAUCGGGGAAUUCGUCUCAUUUCAAGGACACGACGGAAAACCAGAGGAUGUAUUGAACCCUAAGAAGAAACAGUUCGAUAAAAUAGCUGUGAAUUUGUAUACUGAUGAAAAAGGGGUGGCGACAUUCAAGGGCGUCCCUUUCACCACCUCUGCCGGCCCAUGCACUUCUUCCCUUCCCAAUGCCUCCAUCAAGUAACCCCCCCCCCUUUUUUUUUUGCUGCCAAAAUUUAACUUUUUGAAAGGACCAGAUUAUUAUUAUUAUUAUUAUUAUUAUUAUUAUUAUUAUUAUUAUUAUUAUUAUUAUUAUUAUUAUUAUUAUUAUUAUUAUUCAUACGAGUAUAUUUUGUUUAUCAUGAGCCCGGCUCUUUUGAAAAUCCUUCGGUUUUUUGUCUGAUUCCGAAAUGGUGUCUACCUUCGAACUCCACAAACCAGUCCUUUAUUAUAUUCU